AUGGCUGGGCUCGAUGAAGGACUGAUGGAUGUGGCUACCGGUUUGUCUUCUUUGGAUCUUCUUGGUGAUGUUCCUGACGAAGAUGUGAAUCUGUUAUUAGGUGAGCUGUACAUCUCUGAACGUCAGGAGCAACCAAAACUAGAGGAACGGACCAUCAAGUUUCCUUCGCUGGCUUUGGAACUUGUAAAAACUUUGGAGACUGCUGAUCUGAGGACUUGGAAACGUCUAGUGGAACUGUGUAGCGUUGUGAAAAACGACCAUUGUGAAGCAAGGAUCGGGGGCGUUACUUUGAACAUCGGUGGAUUUGAAUCCUUAAAGAAGAUUUGGUGCGGACAUUUGACCAUUCCCACGCCAGCAGACCUACCUUUAUCAGAGAAAGCAGUUGAGAUAUCUGAAGGAUCCUCAAACGAGCAUUUGGAAGUUGUUUCCAAAUCUUCUGAUUUAGUGGUCUAUGUCCGGCUGGUCCGUGGUCUGUGGGGAUGGAUCAAUGUCAUCUACCAACCUACGGAAUCAGGUUUAUUCGGAUCCAAAGCUCGAUGA